AUGGCAAAAGUAAUUGUUUAAUUUAGGAUAUCUACAAUAUUAUAGAUCUUGAUAAACCUUGGUUUUAUUAUCAACUCUGCUGUUGUGUAUAAUUCAUCAGAUAUUGUGAAAUUUAGAUCAAUUUUUAUUGGAUGGAUGCUCAUAUGUUUAUUUUUAUAGAAAAUUUCGAGGAAAUAUUGGAAUAUCACCACAAAUAUACUGAUUUUUAUCAAUAGUGUGAUAAGUGUUUUGUUGUUUGCUUUCUUUACAAAAUUUGUGAAUACUGCUCAAACAAAUAUAGAUGAUAUUAUGAGUCUUUCUUUGAUUUCAGGUUUGCAAUAAGGAUUAUUUGCUAUGAGCUUUUUUUUAAUUUAAUCAAACUAUAUAAUGCAAAGUUUAACAAUGAUAAGUUUCUUCCUUAUUUUGAUGGGAAUAUUUACUUAAUUUUUAAAUUAUAGAUUAUGGACAUAAUAUCUCCUUCUUAUUUUUACAUGUUAUUUAUUAAGAUAGAAUGAAAAAACAAAUAGAUUGAACUUUUUAUUAAUUUAGAAGUCUCAUAAAAAUCUAGAAGCAUGUAAGAAACUUUAUGAUGAAACUGUUCCAACUUCGAUAAUCAUUUUGGAAGAGAUUGUAUAAUAAUAAGGAGUUAAUAAUAAUGAUGUAUUAAAUUCAGUACUUACACAAAAAGAAAAAUUAUAUACAUUGGAUAACAGACUUAUGAAUGUAGCUUAUUUUAAUAAGAGUGCAUCUAUACAUUUUGAAACAGCUGAGGAAGACAUUUUAACUGAAAGAUUAGCUGAAAUAGAAAUUGUGAAUUCAGAAGAUUCGAUUUUAAAUUGUGAAAAGAAUAAGCUUUUGGAUAAAAUUUAAGGUUUAUAAUCCACUUUAUAAACUGAGAUGCGUUUUAAUACAAUUAAUUCCUUUGAUUAUUAAAUAAUGUCAACAAACAAAAAAAUGCAAUGUCAGAGAGUAUAAAAUCAAAUUAUUUAGGAGAUUAAAUAAUCUAAAGUUCAUUACUAUGAUGCUUAGGCUCAAGGUUGUUUAUGGGAUGGAAAAUAAUGUAUAAUGUUAAUAUUAAAUGAUACUACAGAUAGAGUUUUAAGGAUCAAACAUCUCUAAGAUUUAGAUAAUUAUAAAGAUAAUCUAUUGGCUGCUGUUUCUCAUGAUCUCAAAACUCCUCUCAAUGGCCAAAGCAUUCUAGCUAAUUUAAUUAAAACAAUGAUGGAAAAUAAAUCAUUUAUUGGUAGAAAUGAUAUUUAGGGUAUUAUUAAUUAAUAUUUUAGAAAUUGUUGUUCAUAUUGAUGACAUGAUUUCAAAUUAAUAAAUUCUAUUAACAAUGAUUAAUGAUUUAAUUGAUUAUUCAUAAUUAAAAAAAUAAGGAUUAAGAUUAAAUUAUACAUAAUUUGAUCUUUCAGCAUGUGUACAACAAAUUAAAAAUAUGUUCAAAAGGUAAAUGGAUUUAAAAAAAUUAUAAUUCAACGUUAUUGGAUUAAAUGAAAAAGUAAUCAUGUAUUCAGAUCAAAUUAGAUUAUAAUAAAUCUUAUUUAAUUUAAUAUCUAAUGCCAUUAAAUUUACUUAUAAUGGAUAAAUUACAUUGAAAAUUAAUAAGAUAAAUUCAGGUAUUCAACAAUUAAUUCAUUUCUCUGUCUAAGAUACUGGAAUUGGAAUACCUAUACAUAUAUAGAAUAAAUUAUUCAAAGCCUAUUCAACCUUUAAUUUAGGAAAUUAAAAUUCAUAAGGAGUAGGAUUAGGAUUAGUAAUAUCCAGAAAUUUAGUUGGUUUAUUAGGUCCUAAUGAAUUUAUUGAAAUGAAUUCAGUGGAAAAUAAAGGAUCAAAUUUUAGUUUCUCGAUAUAUCUAAAUGCAUAGCAUAGAGAAUGCAUCAAUAUUAAUACUUUAAAAGAAGAUAAUGGAUCUCCUGAUAAUGAUCCAUCUCCUAUUCAUAGAAUGCCAAAUCCUGUAAUCAAAAGAUAAAAUAGAAAAUAUUAAACAGUUGUUGAUAUGUCAACAAGUUUAUAUUAAAGAUUAAAAAUACUAAUUGUAGAUGAUACAAUCUUUAAUAUUUAUGUUUUAAAAUAAUUAUUAAAGUAGAUUGUUAUUCAAUGCGAUAUUCAUGAAGCUCAUAAUGGUUAGGAAGCAUUAGAACAAGUCUAAAGCAUUAGAUUUGAUAUCAUAUUUAUGGAUAUCAAUAUGCCAAUAUUAGAUGGAAUUUAGGCUACCUAAAUGAUUAGAUAAUUUGAAUUAAAUAACUAAUACUAAAGAUCAAAGAUCUGUAUGUUGUCUGCUUUUUAAGGAGAAAGAGAUCUUAAAUAAUCUUUAGAAAUUGGAGCUGAUUUACAUUUAUCUAAACCUUUAUAAUUUUAAGCUUUAAAAACAAUCUUAAAAUAACUCAAAUUUUUAUGA